AUGGACGUCUUGAAGCGAUUGAGAGAGCUUGGCUUCAAGCACGGGCGAUACCAAAGCAAGUUUCGAACGCGCCAUGAGCCCAAGACCAGGCGCACGAAGAGCAUCCGGCGCCAAUUGCCGUGGGAGUCACUCUUCAUGCGCAAGUCUCGCGCCGAGAAGAGAGAGAUCAUCUUGAGGCCGUGGGAGUACCCGAUGGCAGCUCAAAACCUCUCGGUCAUCCUCAUCCAGAAGCGUGUGCGAGGUAUGCUCUGCCGAAUGCGCCACUCGUCGAAAACAGCCUCAAAUCGACCGGCAAAUGACCACACGACGAAGAAGGCCAAGGCUCGCAUUCGCAGUCCAAUGCAGCAAUUCGUCGCAAGCGGUGGGAGCUUCUCCGACGAGAGUGGCUUUCGUAACUUCGUGGCGACAAAGCUGCAGGCUUGGUUCCGGAUGGAGCAUCUGCGCUGGCGCGGAACACUCGAUCGCUUCCCGCUGUACCACAUCGCAGCCCUGCAGCUCCAGUACGCGUGGAAGGCGCACUACCAGCACAAACUGUACCAGCGCCAAGCUCGCGGCGCUCGAUCCGCCGCAUUGACGCCCGCGAACCGCGCCGCGAUCUGCAUCCAGAGCGUCUGGAAGAGCUACACGCACCGCCGCAUCUUCCGCUACUACCGCGAUCUGCUCUCGUUCCGCAGCACUGGCGACCCAGCGCGCAUGCUCCGAGCCAUCAACCCGUCGGAGGCGUCGCUGCUGGAUGCGUCCAUGGGCGCCCAGGUGCGGUUCCGCCUCGGUGGCCUGGCGUUCCCGCCCACCAUCUACUACAAGAUCUUCACGCGCAAGCCCGUGUGCGACCUGGGCGCCUUCAGCCCCAAGGACUACGCGGUCGCGCGUCAGACGGCUCCAGUGAGCCACUCGCACGAGAAGCGCCGGCCGGGCCAGUCCGUGCGGACCACGUACAUCCGCGUGGGCAACUCGUACUACCGCGCGCGGCAGCAGGCGGAGGACACGCGGCUGUGGUACCGACGACUGGAGAACAACGGCUGGCGUCCCGUGACGGCCAAAGUGCUGGCCGAGGCCAACGCGGACCCCAUCGCGCAAGCCACAGGCGGGCGCCACACCGCGAGCGGCUUCCACUACUCGAAGCUCGUGCGGCAGCAGGACCGCGAGCGCGCGCGCCGCCACAAGAAGCGGCUGUGGAUGCAGAAGCUCUACACGCAGGGCCUGCUGACCGCAACGGAUCGGCCCGAGCACGAGCAGGAGGAGGACGAGGAGGACGAGGAGGACAACGGACAAGGGGAGAGGCAGCCGCGUGUGCUGUUCGACGUGGACUUUGACGACGAAAACUGGGAGGCCGAGGCCGAGGACAUGUUCCAGUGGGCCGCAGCGCUCGACUUCGACGAGUACGUGGACAACUGGCACGAGCUCGGCCGCACAGCCGCCACCGACGACGAGCUGCUGAGUGGUACAAGUUGA